GGACGAGUAGCGGAGCGCACGGAGCAUGAACCCGGGAAUCAGCGCCUGAAAGCGGACACCGACACGCGGACGCUCCAUCGAUUCUCUCUGGAUCUGGCACGUCUCAAAACAAGCCAUCAUGAUUCCUGUGAUGGAGUUUCGUCAGUUCUCGGAGCAGCAGCCGGCGUUCCGGGUCCUGAAGCCGUGGUGGGACGUGUUCACGGAUUAUCUGUCAGUCAUCAUGCUCAUGAUCGGAGUGUUCGGCUGCACCCUGCAGGUCAUGCAGGACAAAAUCAUCUGCCUUCCUCGAAGAAUCACUUCAGAAAACACAAGCGAGGUGGAAGUGCUACAUUUGGAGUCUAAUAUUUCAACUGUGCUAAGAGAAAUGAAAGGCCUGAAAACUGAUCUCGACCUCCAACAAUACAGCUUCAUCAAUCAAAUGUGUUAUGAAAAGGCCCUGCACUGGUACGCCAAAUAUUUCCCAUAUUUGGUCCUCAUCCACACUGUCAUCUUUAUGGUGUGUAGCAAUUUCUGGUUCAAAUUUCCCGGAUCGAGCUCCAAAAUAGAGCAUUUCAUCUCAAUGCUCGGAAAGUGUUUUGAUUCACCGUGGACGACCCGAGCUUUGUCCGAAGUGUCCGGAGAAAACCCUGAAGAUAGCGAGAACCAAAAGAGCAGCAUUGCAAGAUCUAAUAUUGCGAUGUCGCCGGGAGAGGGCAGCCUGGAGAAGACCCAAUCUCUCCGCUCGAUACCUGAAAAGAUAGUAGUUGACAAAGCGGCUAGUGUGCUGGACAAAAAGGAGGGCGAACAAGCAAAAGCGCUCUUCGAAAAAGUCAAAAAAUUCCGAUUGCAUGUCGAAGAAGGUGAUAUUCUCUACCUCAUGUACGUGAGACAAACUGUUUUCAAAGUGAUCAAAUUCCUACUCAUCAUCGCGUACAACAGCACUCUUGUGAAUAAAGUCCAAAAUAAAAUCCGUUGCGAGGUUGAGAUUCAAGACAUGACUGGCUACAAGUUGUUCCAGUGCAAUCAUACGAUGGCGCACUUAUUUUCGAAGCUAUCCUAUUGCUAUCUGUGCCUUGUGGCCGUCUACGGAUUAACAAGUCUCUACACGUCUUACUGGUUGUUUUAUCGAUCUCUGAAAGAAUACUCCUUUGAAUACGUACGCCAAGAAACAGGGAUCAGUGACAUUCCGGACGUUAAAAAUGACUUUGCUUUUAUGCUGCACAUGAUUGACCAGUACGACCCGCUGUAUUCGAAAAGAUUUGCAGUUUUUCUUUCAGAAGUCAGCGAAAACAAAUUGAAACAGCUGAACUUGAACCACGAAUGGACUGCGGAGAAGCUACGGCAGAGACUUCAAACCAACGCCAAUAACAGGCUCGAACUUCAGCUGUUCAUGCUACCCGGUCUGCCUGACACCGUUUUUGAGUUGACAGAGUUGCAGUCGCUCAAACUGGAAAUCAUCAACAACGUCACGGUAUCGGCGUCAAUCUCGCAACUGGAAGAUCUUCAGGAGCUAUCUCUUUGCCAAUGCUCUUUAAAGAUGCACACGGCGGCCGUCUCCUUCCUCAAAGAGAACCUGAAAGUGUUACGCGUCAAGUUCGAUGACAGCAGAGAGUUUCCAAACUGGAUGUAUUGUCUGCGCAACUUGGAGGAACUUUACCUUACCGGACCUUUGAGCACGGACGCAUCAAAGAAUAUCAUCCUGGAGUCUUUGCGAGAAAUGAAAUGUCUCAAAAUCCUCUCCGUAAAAAGCAACUUGACCAAAAUACCCCAAUCGAUUGUUGAUGUUUCAAGCCAUUUGUUGAGGCUGUACUUGCACAAUGAUGGCACCAAGUUGGUCAUGCUCAAUAAUUUGAAGAAAAUGACAAACCUGACAGAGUUGGAAAUCGUGCGAUGCGAUCUAGAAAGGAUUCCACAUGCGAUAUUUAGCCUUACAAGUCUACAAGAGCUGGAUCUGAAAGAAAACAACCUUCGCUCCAUUGAAGAAAUCAUCAGUUUUCAACACCUACGUAAACUAACUUGCCUUAAACUUUGGUAUAACAGCAUCGCGUAUAUUCCAGAGCACAUCAAGAAGCUAAGUAGUCUCGAACGCCUCAACUUCAGCCAUAACAAGAUCGAGGUUUUGCCUUCGCACUUGUUCCUAUGCAACAAGCUCCGCUACCUGGAUGUGUCCAACAAUGACAUCCGAUUCAUUCCUCCAGAAGUCGGCGUGCUACAAAGUCUACAGUACUUCUCAGUCACGUGUAACAAAAUUGAAACUCUACCAGACGAACUGUUCUUUUGCAAGAAACUCAAAACGUUAAAGUUAGGGAAGAACUCUCUAUCAAUAUUAUCGCCAAAGAUUUCAUACCUAUCUGCGCUGACUUACCUGGAUUUAAAAGGGAACCAUUUUGAGAUGCUUCCACAGGACUUGGGGUACUGCCGGGCUUUGAAGCGAAGUGGACUCAUCGUGGAAGAGACUCUUUUUGAAACUUUGCCUUCAGAUAUUAGGGACCAAAUGAAGGCGGAGGAAGGAAUGUUUACCCUCACAGAAGUCGCCUCUCUGAACGACAUCCAGCCGACGUACCGCAUCCUCAAACCAUGGUGGGACGUUUUCAUGGACUACCUGGGCAUCGUCAUGCUCAUGUUAGCCAUCUUCUCCGGGACCAUGCAGAUCACCAAGGACCAGGUGGUUUGUCUUCCGGUUCUCGAGCCAAACCCAGAGGAGUCCGGAGGUGUUAUCAGACCCGAGCCCACCGAAAGCAACACCGGAUUUUGGAACCGUGAGAACGCAAUGGGUGAACAGGCAGCCCCCCUCAUCGCUAGGAGACUUCCGAGAGCCGUAGAUCACCAAGAAUACGUGGGACAGCCCAAUCCAACCGGCGUACGAACCAAGUUGGAUUUCCAGCAAUACGUUUUCGUCAACCAGAUGUGUUACCAUGUUGCGCUUCCGUGGUAUUCUAAGUAUUUUCCAUACCUCGCUCUUAUCCACACCAUCAUUUUAAUGGUUAGCAGCAAUUUCUGGUUCAAAUACCCCAAAACGAGUUCCAAAGUCGAGCAUUUUGUCUCUAUUCUUGGAAAAUGUUUUGAAUCUCCAUGGACGACGAAAGCGUUAUCUGAAACCGCCUGUGAGGAUUCGGAGGAAAACAAGCAAAGGUUAGCGGGUGCGUCAACUUUACUCAAACAUUUAUCAACCAGCAGUGAAGAGGGGAGUCCGAACCAAAGGCCGGUGCUGACCAAAUCCGGUGUCACGUUUUCGGUCGAGAAGCUAGUUAGCGAAAUCCCAUCCAUGACCAUUUUGGACAAGAAGGACGGCGAGCAAGCGAAGGCGUUGUUCGAAAAAGUACGCAAGUUUCGCGCGCACGUUGAGGACAGUGACUUGAUUUAUAGAUUGUACGCCAUUCAAACAGUCAUCAAAACGGUUAAAUUUAUCCUCAUUCUAUGCUACACCAUGACGUUUGUCGCAUCCAUUGACUUCGAUCACGUGUGCGAGCCUGAAAUCAAACACCUCACUGGGUACGCUAAGUUCCAGUGCACACACAACAUGGCGUUCAUGUUGAAGAAGCUACUUGUAAGCUACAUAGCAAUAAUAUGCGUUUACGGAGUCAUAUGCAUAUACACGCUUUUCUGGCUUUUCCGUCGGCCGCUUAAAGAGUAUUCGUUUGAGAAAGUUCGAGAAGAAAGCAGUUUUAGCGAUAUCCCCGAUGUUAAGAAUGACUUUGCGUUUCUACUUCACAUGGUCGACCAGUAUGACCAGUUGUACUCGAAGCGAUUUGGGGUGUUCUUGUCCGAAGUGAGUGAAAAUAAACUUCGAGAGAUCAGUUUGAACAAUGAAUGGACUUUUGAGAAAUUAAGGCAACACGUGACCCGCAAUCCCCAAGACAAGCUAGAACUUCAUCUUUUCAUGCUAUCAGGAGUGCCGGACGCUGUUUUCGAUUUGACCGAUCUGGAGAUACUAAAACUAGAACUUAUCCCAGAAGCGAGGAUAACUGCAAAAAUUUCACAAAUGGUUAAUCUACAAGAGCUGCAUUUCUACCAUUGCCCAGCGAAAGUCGAGCAAACCGCUUUCAUUUUCCUACGAGACCACCUCCGAUGCCUUCACGUCAAAUUUACAGAUGUUGCAGAGAUCCCGAGCUGGUUGUACAUGCUGAAGAAUUUAAGAGAACUGUACUUAGUUGGGAACUUGAACUCGGAAAACAACAAAUUGAUCGGACUUGAAUCUUUGCGCGAUCUAAGGCAUUUGAAAAUCCUUCAUCUUAAAAGCAACCUGACAAAAAUCCCGACCAACAUCACGGAUCUGUCGCCACAUCUGCUGAAGUUGGUGGUCCACAAUGACGGCACGAAACUGCUCGUUCUGAACAGUUUGAAGAAAAUGAUUAAUCUUGCCGAACUGGAGCUACACAACUGUGAACUGGAGCGUAUCCCGCACGCCAUUUUCAGCCUGACCAACCUGCAAGAACUCGAUCUGAAAUCCAAUAACAUUCGCUCCAUUGAAGAAAUCAUCAGUUUUCAACACCUCAAAAGACUCACUUGUCUCAAACUAUGGCACAACAAAAUCAUUACCAUCCCCAUUUCCAUUAGCCACGUCAAAAAUCUGGAAUCGCUUUACCUCUCUCAUAACAAACUCGAAUCUAUCCCAGCUUCUUUAUUCAGUCUUCUCAAACUACGCUACCUGGAUCUCAGCCACAACACCAUAUCCUCAAUACCGUUAGAAGUUGGUUUUCUUCAAAACCUUCAACACUUCGCCAUCACCGCCAACAAAGUGGAAGUAAUCCCCAAGCAGCUCUUCAAGUGCGCCAAAUUACGGACGUUGUGCCUUGGGAACAAUUGCGUUUCCUUCAUUCCGGAGAAAAUUGGUCAGCUGACGCAACUCACGCACUUGGAGUUAAAAGGGAACUGUCUGGACCGUCUGCCGGCUCAGCUUGGACAGUGCAGCCUCCUCAGAAAGAGCUGUUUCAUUGUAGAAGACCACCUUUUCGAUUCACUCCCCAUAGAGGUGAAGGAGAGCGUUAACCAGGAGUCCAGUGUGGCUAUGGUCAAUGGCUGCAAGUGCUUCAGUGACAGUCGAUAGAUACAAACUGUGUGUGUUC